AUGUUUCUCAGAACCACAGUGCUUGUGAUGCUUCUUGUCUUCUUGCUCUGGCCAGAGACCACUGUAGCUGGCUCCAGUUUUUUAAGCCCUGAACAACCUAAGGCACAGCAACGAAAGCCUCCCCCAAAGCCUGCAACAAAACUCCACCGCCGAGAUGCGGGAGCAGUUUUGGACGUGCACAGGACUGAAGGAGACACUGAUGAAAUACAAAUUAAAGUCUCAGAAGAACAGUAUGGCAAAUAUGGGCAAAUACUGGAACAGUUUCUGGAGGACAUACUUACUGAGGACACUAAAGUAUUUGUGCUUUUAACAAGCAAAACUAUUCAAAAUGUUUACAGAAACAGCACACUAACUUCCUUGGAUAUAUGA